AUGACAACCAUGCUAAAAACACAAGUUCAUGUGGUGGUAAUAUAUCUACUCAUCCAAAUAGCUUUCUCACAAGUGAAACCCGGUUCUGAUCUAAAGUGGUCUACUUUAAAAUCAGUGGUGACGAUCACAAACCGCCUUGGCGAUGGUUCGACCUUAAAACUUCAUUGUAAGUCCGCAGAUGACGAUCUUGGCCUCAAAAUCCUCGCUCCGAAUGGUUCUUGGUCGUUUAAAUUUAGACCAAGUAUUGUUCCUGGAGUGACACUUUUCUUUUGUCAUUUCACAUGGCCUGGACAAUCAAAAUGGUUUAACAUUUACGAUGAUGACAGAGAUGGUGUUCGUAUGGGUAUUCCAUGCAUCUACUGUAUCUGGGAUAUAGGCAAAUAUGGGCCAUGCAGGUUUAGUGAAAUAGAUGAUGCAUUUAAUAUUUGUUAUGAUUGGAAUGGAAACCGAAGAUCAUAA